GGCCUCCACACCGCGUCGUGUCUUCAUCCGGAAUCAGCUAUGGCGCCAAUAAUUCUAUACGAUUACGACGCGAGCCCUCCGUGCACCCUAGUGCGUAUUGUAGCUCGCCUGGUUGGCGUGGAGCUCAAGAAAGUGAAACUAAAUGAUGUCAUACAAGAAAUGGCUACUACUGAGAUGACACAGAAAAAUCCGCAGCGCACAAUUCCGACGCUGGACGACAAUGGUUUAAUUCUUGCAGAAAGCCGUGCUAUAGCUAUGUAUCUAAUAUCGAAAUAUGCGAAGGACGAUUCACUGUACCCAAGCGACCCGCAUAAGCGAGCUCUUGUAGAUCAGCGGCUGUUUUUUGACUUCGAUAUCUAUGGAGCUAUUGGGAAAAUCUGGGUAAGUUCUGCUGCAAUUCGACCUGUGAAAAUACAGGAGAAACGCUCACACAGUCUAAAGAAAACCUGUCGGUUCUUGAUCUGAUUUAUUUUUCCUGUC